AUGGUGUUGUUAAAGUCGACCUCGGUCUCCACUCUUUCUGUGGGACCUGCCCCGGUAAGACGAUGAUUUAUAGCAACAGAAUUGAUUGUAGUCAUAUCUCUUGCUCAUCACCAACCUUUUAUUUUCAGCUCUCAAAGUCAGUUUCCACUCCAAAUGUUCGUUCUUAUAAGCCAUAUUGGCCAACUUUCCGCACAUAUUAUCCCUGCCGUUAUUAUGCUGAUUCCAGUUUGGUGGGUUUAGAUGAAUUUGCAGUAAUCUCCAUUGCAGUACGACGUCUGUUGGGCUUAUCGGAACAGAUAUCACAAUGCCUACUACAGCUACAAGUACCCUCGCUACUCCUAUCGAGCAGUAGCCUUUCCUUUGUACAGUUACUACGGGAAUGGAGCCUAUAUUCCCAAGAACAGGAGUUACUAGUAAGUUCUUGGCAUUUAUUUUAACUUUUGCAGCAAUGCCGACGGAUAUCCGUAUAAAGGAUAUUACUACAACAGCAACAACUACGACACCUACUAUCUAAGUCCGUACUAUCUCCCCAAUCGUACUUUCCAAUGA